AUGCAACAAGAUCCCUCUCUCCCAGUCACAAAGGCUAACGCAAAAGUCGACCGGUGCAGUAGCGCCGCCCCCGUCCUUGGCAAGGGAAACCGGAAGGGCCGUCAGAACUCGGACACCUCGUCUUUCAGCAGCGACCCCAUUGAGAGUCUCGUGGAUCCCGAGACGCUGGCUAAUGGGGAAGGUCAGCUGAUCGGACCCGCGGCCGCGCGUGAACUUGACAAGAAAAACAAGAAAGAUAAUGAAAUGAAGAAGAAGGAGGAUAAUGGCAGUCUGAAUAUCAAGAUCCACCUGGACCUGCAUGCCAAGGUCAAGUUGGAUUUGGAGGCUGAUCUCUAUGGAGACAUUGUAAUCGGGCUACUGUAA